CCCAGCACUGGUGGGUCGCCGCGCUCCAGGCGUUCCAGGUGGUCGUUGCGUACCUGUCAGCUGAGAGCAUCAUGGUUGGAGGCUUGAAGAGGAAACACUCAGAUUUGGAAGAGGAGGAGGAGGAAAAGUGGGACUGGGGUCCAGCUGGUCUUCGGAGCUACCAGCAAGCCCUGCUCCGCAUCUCCUUAGACAAAGUCCAGCGCAGCCUGGGACCCCGAGCACCCAGCCUCCGCAGGCACGUCCUCAUCCAUAACACCUUGCAGCAGCUCCAGGCCGCACUUCGCCUGGCUCCUGCACCUGCCCUGCCCCCUGAGCCCCUCUUCCUGGGUGAGGAGGAUUUCUCCCUGUCAGCCACCAUUGGCUCUAUCCUCAGGGAGCUGGAUACCUCCAUGGACCAAACUGAGCCCCCUCAGAAUCCAGUGGUUCCACUGGGCCUCCAAAAUGAAGCACUGCCUCAGCCGGAUCCAGUCUUUUUAGAAGCUCUGAGCUCUAGGUACCUGGGAGACUCUGGCCUGGAUGACUUCUUUAUGGACAUUGAUACAUCUGCAGUGGAAAAGGAACCUGCACUGGCCCCACCAGAGCCUCCUCACAACCUCUUCUGUGCCCCAGGGUCCUGGGAAUGGAAUGAACUAGAUCACAUCAUGGAAAUCAUUCUGGGGUCCUAAAACUUUGACAGGGGAUCCUUCUUGAUUAAUCCUUGGUGGCCUGGAUCCCUGGAUGCAACUCUGUGUGUGUUCUGGUGGGGGACUAAGCAGUGACUAUGGCCUCCUUUCCAAUUUCAGGGUUCCACAAACUGUCUUGCAUGUGUGUGUGUCUGGUUAUCCCAGCCUUCUGUGAAGGUGGGUCUUCCUGAAUUAAUUUAUCUGUUCCAAAUGCCUUAAUGAGACUCUUUCUGGGAGUCUGAUUUCUCACUUAGACAUUUCUUUGACUUUUCCCUCCAGUUCCCACUCUCCUUGUGACCACUGGGGCCUCAGGGAAGAAAAAGCUGGGCCUGUCAAAGGAUGACAGGGAUGUGCCACCAAGUUGCUAUGGAAACCCAGGCUCUGCCUCUUGCACCUUGAGGGAGUGGGAGGCGCUGGUUUCUUCUCCUCAGGCUGAACCCCUUGGCAGGACCCCAGUCCCAGCAGCCUCCUGAUUCAAAACCAGGCCGGACCACGUGCAAUAGGGUGGAAACCAAACUGCUACAUGCCACGUUACUUAAAAGAAAGGCGGGGUUUGUGGUGGCCUUUCUUUCUUUUUUUUUUUGAUUGUUUGUAAUUUUUUUUUAAUAAAAGUAUUUUGGAAG